GGUGGGCGACAGAUGGCUGGAGUGGACCAACAGCAGCUGCAGGAGCAACAGAUGAUAAAAUACAUGCAAAAGGCGAUGGAGUCAUGCCCAGCCAAGACGGUGAUCGCUGGGACGAUGGGUUUCGGCUUAGGAGGUCUCUUCGGACUUUUCAUGUCCAGUAUGCGCUACGAUACGCCGCUCUCUGCAGGUAUGCCAGGUGGUGUGGGCACCAUCUCAGAUCUACCUGUACGGGAGCAGCUGAAGCGAGGCUUCAAGGACAUGGGAAGAUCAGCCUGGGGAAGCGCGAAGAACUUUGGCUACAUUGGUGCAGUCUUCGCCGGCACUGAGUGUGCGAUUGAAGGCUUAAGAGCGAAGAACGAUCUCGGAAACGGUGUUGCCGCAGGCUGUUUGACAGGCGGCUGGCUGGCGCGAAGUGGUGGGCCACAAGCUGUCGCAAUCGGAUGCGCUGGUUUUGCGGCUUUCAGCGCCGCCAUU